AUGGAGAUAUUAAAAGAAUGUUGUACGUGCAUACGGUUCACGUCGACGUACGGCAAGGAGCGCGGCACGUUCAGCAGCCCUGACUAUCCGCGGCCGUACCCGCCGCGCGUUGACUGCCUGCUGUACACCUUCCUUGCCGCGCCGCACGAGAUCGUCGAGCUGGUCUUCACCGACUUCGACAUCUACAAGGAGCACCUCGAUUCACGUCACAAGAAGCGCGGCACGUUUAACUGCCCCGACUACCCGCGGCCGUACCUGCCGCGUGUCGCCUGCCUGCUGUACACCUUCCUUGCCGGGCGGCAUGUGAUUGUCAAGGUGGUCUUGAUUGACUUCGACAUCUAA